UGCUUCAGUGUCAGUUUCAUUAGAAAUUCACCAUCAUGGCGUCUUUACGGAGGAAGAGGGUCUCCAUAGUAUCUCUCUCGGAGAGGAUGAAAGUUCCACCGAACAAACCGUCAGCAUGGUUCGGAUAUAGACAUGGUCAGGUGGGACUCAUGGGCCUAGGAUUCUUCUGUUGUUAUGCUAUCCGAGUAACGACAUCAGUGACCUUGGAGGCGAUGACCAAUGCAGCCAGUGCCAAUCCUAAUUUCGAGGUAUGUGUCAAUAACACUGAUUCUCUUUCCUAUCCUCGUGAUCUAAAAGGGAGAUUCUUCUCUCUUCCGAAGGAAUUCCAUUGGGAGGAAUCGGUGAAGCACAUAAUCCUCAGCUCUUUCUUCUGGGGCUAUACCAUCACGCAAAUACCUGCCAGCAUUCUCACUCAGCGAUGGACUGCUCAGGGUUUGUUUUCGGUGACCCUAGUCAUCUCCGGAUUGUUGACUCUCGCCACUCCUAUGGCCGCUCAUUACGGCGGCUGGCAGAUGGUGAUCGCCUGUAGGAUAAUAUGCGGACUCGUCCAGGGUGCCGUUCUACCGUGUCUGCACACCUUGUUGUCUAGAUGGUCGCCACCUGAAGAGCGUGGUAGACUUUCAACGUUCGUUUAUUCCGGCGGCUGGAUUGGCAACGUGGUAUGCUUGUUAAGUACCGGCUUUCUCGCGGCAUCGUCCAUCGGCUGGCCUAGCUGCUUUUACGUUUGGGGAAGCCUUGGCGUCCUCAGCGGCAUAUGUUUCUAUCUGUUCGGGCAGGAUUCACCCUCCGAACAUCCCAAAAUAUCUCUCGACGAAAAAAAAUACAUUGAGAUGAGUCUGGGAGUAACUGAGAUCAACGAGAAACCCUCCACUCCGUGGAAAUCUAUACUAGGGAGCUUGUCGGUCUGGGCAUUACUGAUGGCGCAAUGCGGGCAGUCCUGGGGCUUCUGGAUGCUGCUGACGGAAAUCCCAUCCUACAUGAGUUCGAUUAUGCGUUUUGACAUCAAGAAGAAUGGUAUGAUGACAGCGUUGCCCUACUUGUCGGCUUGGCUCAUCAGCUUUUUGAUCAGUUACAUAUCCGAUCUGUGUAUCAGGAAAAGAAUCGUGACAACGAAGAUGUCCCGGAAGAUUUGCAAUACAAUUGGUCAUUGGGUACCGGCAGCCGCGCUGGUCGGGCUGGGUUACGUGAGGCAGGACCAGCCGGAAUUGGCCGUGAGUAUCCUCGUUAUCGCCGUGUCCUGCAACGCCGCUGCCUUCUGCGGCCAUAAUAUUAAUCACAUGGACCUCAGUCCGAACUUCGCUGGCCCGCUUAUGGGAUUUACAAAUACCAUUGCGUCUGCCUGCGGCAUCCUCGCACCGCUGAUCGCCGGAGUGAUCAUUAAGGAUUCGACCAACAUAUUGCAAUGGCGAAGCGUGUUCUUUCUGUCGGCCGGAAUAUAUACGGUUGGCAAUCUAGUCUUCAUCCUAUUCGGUACCAGCGACGUGCAAAAGUGGAAUGAUCCAAUUGAAAGCAAGAAAGAUAGCGUCGUGCGAAAAGUAUCGACAGCGCCGGUGACUAUCGCGACAAUACAGGAAAAGGAGGACGAGAGAAUUCCAUGACAAUCCAUGACAAAAAAUAGAGAAACGUGACUUUGCAAUGCAUUGGUCCGAAUGGCGUGCCCGAUAAAUAUCGCGCCGAUAAUCGUUGUCACUAACGUGG